AUGUUCAAGCCUCGGCGUUAUUUUGCCAGUGCUGCCACGUUCAAGCUGCGACCCUACCAAGAGUCCUGUCUUGAAGCAUGCAAGAAUGCGCUUCAGGCUGGUGUGACGCGCAUUGGCGUAUCUCUGCCAACAGGGGCUGGUAAAACAACCGUGUUCAUAUCCUUAUUGGCGCAAAUAUCUCCACCAUCUCGUUCUCCAUCUACAUCACGUUCGUUAAUUAUAGUGAAUAGUAUUGAGCUUGCAAGACAGGCUGCCGCUCAGGCUGCAGCACAAUUCCCGCAAUGGCGCAUCGAGAUUGAGCAGGGCGGCAAGCACAAAGCAUCCGGAAAUGCAGAUGUGACAGUUGCCACUUAUCAGACACUCCUACAACCUCAGCGCCUUGCCAAGUUUCAUCCGGGUAACUUCAAGGCAGUGAUUGUAGAUGAAGCACACCAUGCUGCCGCCCCAUCAUACCGCCGAAUUCUUGCGCACUUCGAUCCAGCAAUAAGGAGCCCCGAUCCAACCUUCCAGCCUCCACGGUUGUCUCACCCUAUUCCAAUUAUCGGCUUUUCUGCCACCUUCAGUCGACAUGAUGGGCUCGCUCUUGGCUCAGUUUUUCAACAAAUAGUUUAUCAUUGUGAUUUUCUUGAGAUGAUCAAGGAACAGUGGCUGUGUGAUGUGCGCUUCACAUCUGUCAAGGCGAACAUUGACUUGCGGGAUGUCACUGUGAACUCAAGAACUGGCGACUUCAAUGCUACAAGCCUGGCGCACAUCAUCAAUACAGAUACCGUAAAUAACCUUGUCGUGCAAGCGUGGCUCGACAGAGCGAGGCAGCGCCAAUCAACACUUGUCUUCUGCGUGAACAUCGCGCACAUACGAGCGCUAACAAAGACUUUUCAAGAUUUUGGAGUUGAUGCACGUCAUCUGCACUCUGGGACGCCUGCUGCUGAGCGGCAUGCACUGAUCACCGCCUUUAAAGCAGGCCAAUACCCUGUGCUUGUCAACUGCGCAAUUCUUACUGAGGGCGCCGAUAUUCCCAACAUCGAUUGUGUUAUAGUUGCUCGCCCGACUCGGUCACGCAAUGUCUUUGCACAGAUGAUCGGAAGGGGGAUGCGGCAAUCACUAUCGACAGGCAAAGAAAACUGCCACAUAAUUGACUUUGUCGACUCUACAAACCGGGUAGCUGGCGUGGUCUCGACUCCAACGCUAUUCGGCCUUGAUCCUGAGGAACUUAUCGAAGGCAAGUCCGUUGAGACAUUGGAGGCUCGUGCUCAGAUUUCUAGCCUUCAUAACGAACAAGUGCCAGUUGACAGCCGAGACGAUAUCCCCGAUCCAACAUAUGUAACAUAUGUCGAUUACCAGAACCCGUUCGCACUAGUCGAUGGUUGCUCAGGUGCCCCUCACGUCACAAAGCUCAGCGCCAAUGCAUGGGUAGGAUGUGGCGAAGACAUCUACAUCUUGGAGUGCCUGGGCAAGGGAUAUAUCCGUGUUGAGCGCGUUUCUGCUGAUGAGGAAAACCCGACACACUAUCGCGCCACAUUUACCGAGGCAACGAUGCACAUACCAUCUGCGAAGGCAUUUAAAGUAUCACCAUUCAUGCGGAAAAGGUUGAUCUUGACUGCGGAGACACUCAGGGAUGCAAUCCGAGGCUGCGACACUUAUGCAGUGCAAAAGGUCCUUCGUGGAUCAUUAGCACUAGGGCUACUGCGGACUGCAAAAUGGCGGAAAGCGUCUGCAUCCGAUAACCAGAAGAACUUCAUCCAUCAACGACGUGUAAAACGUGCACUGGCUCAAGAUGCUGCCGCCGCAACCUUGCAGAGCAUAACCAAGGGCGAGGCAGCCAACAUUAUCACUCGUUUGAAACAUGGAGCCAAGGCCCAUUAUGAGAAGAAAGCGAGGGAAACGAAGAAAGCAUCCCAACUAGCAGAGAAGGAGAGACGAAGGAAGGAGCGGGAGACAGUUCAGGUAGGACCGUUGGUGGACCAUGGUCCAUGA